CAGGUGCGGCAAGCCGUGAGAAGCGGAUUAGCCGAAGCCUGGAGCGGAGCGGUGGUGCCGUGGCAUCUCCGUCUCCCUCCUCUCCGUCGCCCGCAGUCGUGCGCCACCGUCUCCGCCGAGCCACCCGCAACCCUGUUCCGCUUUCGUUCCAAUUCUCCCGCACCACCUACCCUCUCCUAGCUCCCCUCCACAUGCUCAAGCCAGCGAUCUAGGCCGCCGCCAUUUGGGUCCCGGAGCCGCCCGAGAUGUACCACGCGAUGCGGCUGCGCUGCCUCCUCAUGCACCCGCCGCUGUGGAGCAAUUCCAGCUCCCUCGGCAUCUCUGCCAGCGGCAUCAGCGGAGGUUGCUUCGUCAGGAGGUUCAGCGCGGUCGGCGCGCCGCGGCCGCACGGCCCGUCCCGGCGGCUGUGCCGGUUCUACAGCUCCAAGGGCGGCGUCGGAAGCGCGGAGGCGCAUGGCGCCUCGGCGGCCUCGUCGGCGGCGGGGAGCAGCGGCAGGUGCAUCGAGCAGGAGCACGCGCGGCUCGGGGAGAGGGACCAGCAGGAGUGGCUGAGCGGCGAGAGGUUCCUCACCGGCUGCAAGCGGCGGGAUUCGCCGUUCCUCACCAGGCGUGAGAGGUUCCGCAGCGAGUUCCUGCGCCGCGUCGUGCCGUGGGAGAAAGGGACACUCUCGUGGCAGAAUUUUCCGUACUACGUCAAUGAGAAUGCCAGGCAGCUGCUGAGUGAGUGCGUGGCGUCCCACCUGCGGCACAAGGGUGUCACGUCAGAGUAUGGCUCACGGCUGGAAUCCUCAGGAGGGAGGAUAUUGCUCCAGAGCUCGCCAGGAACUGAGCUUUACAGGGAGAGAUUUGUUAGAGCUCUUGCACAUGAGUUGCGAGUGCCGCUACUGGUUCUGGACAGCAGCGUUCUUGCACCAUAUGAUUAUGGGGAAGAUUACUCAGAAAGCGAGGCGGAGGAUGAGCAUGCUGAGUCCGAGGAUGAAGGCUCAGAAUCUGAAAUGGAAGAUGAAGGUGACGAAGAUUGGACAAGCAACAAUGAAAAGUCUGGUGAAAGUGACGAUGAGGAUGCUCUCAAAUCUGUGGAAGACCUGAAGAAGUCUGUGGAUGACCUCAAAAAGUUGGUCCCUUGUACUAUCGAGGAAUUCGCCAAGAGAAUUGUUGGUUCUGAAGAAAGCACAGCAUCAGACGCUUCUGAAACUCCUGAGUCAUCAGAAGAAGAGAAAAGGCCUUUCCAAAGGGGAGAUAGGAUCAAGUAUGUUGGGGAUCCUGCAGUUUCUGAAGCAGAUCAGAGGAUCAUUUUGGGGAAAAUACCUACUCAAGAUGGCUCAAGAAAUGCCUAUACUUUUGUUAGUGGCAGGGUUUUGUCAAAUGGACAGCGUGGAGAGGUAUAUGAGAUCAAUGGGGAUCAGGUUGCUGUCAUAUUUGAUCCUCCUACACCUACAGAGGAAUCACACGAUCACGAUGAAGACAUAACUAGCAAGGAGGAAAAUGCAAAACCAACUAUUUACUGGGUUGAUGCUCAGGAUAUUGCGCAUGAUCAUGAUACUGAAUCAGACGAUUGGCAUAUCGCACUAGAAGCACUUUGUGAGGUUCUGCCAUCUCUAGAGCCAAUAAUUGUCUACUUUCCAGACAGUUCCCAAUGGCUAUCUAGUGCGGUUUCAAAAUCAGAACGCAGAGAGUUUGUGCAAAGAGUUGAGGAAAUGUUUGACCGACUUACUGGACCAGUUGUAUUGAUAUGUGGGCAGAACAUAAUGGCAGCACCACCCAAGGAUAAGGAACAUCCAUCACCCCUGAAGCGGCUGGUAGGGGGCCUCAAGGGACAAAAAUAUUCAAGGUCCAGUGACAUAUCAAAGCUCUUCACCAAUAGUCUCACUGUUCCUCUUCCAGAGGAAGAUGAACAACUACGAGUUUUUAAUAACCAGAUCGAAGAGGAUAGGAAAAUUAUCAUUUCAAGGCAUAACCUUGUUAAAUUACACAAGGUGCUUGAAGAGCAUGAUCUUUCUUGCGUGGAGCUUUUGCAUGUGAAGUCUGAUGGUGUUGUUUUAACAAAACAAAAAGCGGAGAAGGUCGUUGGAUGGGCUAGAAGUCACUAUCUAUCAUCAACAACACUUCCUUCUAUCAAGGGUGACAGGUUAAUCAUUCCCCGCGAGAGUCUGGAUAUAGCAAUCGAGAGACUAAAGGAACAGGGUAUUACAACUAAGAAAUCCUCUCAAAAUCUGAAGGUUUUGGCUAAAGAUGAAUAUGAACGCAAUUUCAUUUCCGCCGUUGUACCUCCGAAUGAAAUUGGAGUGAAAUUUGAUGAUAUUGGUGCACUUGAGGAUGUCAAGAGGACAUUGGAUGAGCUUGUCACUCUUCCUAUGAGGAGACCUGAGCUUUUUUCGCGCGGAAAUUUGUUAAGGCCCUGUAAAGGUGUCUUGCUCUUUGGGCCUCCUGGAACAGGAAAAACACUCUUGGCAAAAGCACUUGCAACAGAAGCUGGAGCAAAUUUUAUCAGCAUAACUGGUUCAACACUAACAUCAAAGUGGUUUGGAGACGCUGAGAAGCUUACGAAGGCCCUUUUUUCCUUUGCGAGUCGACUAGCCCCCGUUAUCAUAUUUGUGGAUGAGGUUGACAGCUUACUUGGUGCAAGAGGAGGUGGAUUUGAGCAUGAGGCAACAAGAAGGAUGCGAAAUGAAUUUAUGGCAGCUUGGGAUGGUCUCAGGUCCAAUGAAAGCCAACGGAUCCUUAUUCUUGGUGCAACAAAUCGUCCAUUUGAUCUGGACGAUGCUGUGAUACGGCGUUUACCUAGACGGAUAUAUGUUGAUCUUCCAGAUGCACAGAACCGAAUGAAGAUUCUCAAGAUUUUACUUGCUAAGGAAAAGUUAGAAUCUGAUUUUAAGUUUGAUGAGCUUGCAAAUGCCACAGAAGGUUAUUCAGGGAGCGACCUAAAGAACUUAUGUGUAGCUGCCGCAUAUCGGCCAGUUCAUGAACUUCUAGAAGAAGAAAAGAAGGGAGGUGCGAGUAACGAAAGCAGUUAUUUGCGGCCGCUUAAAUUGGAUGAUUUUAUACAAGCGAAAGCUAAGGUUAGCCCGUCAGUUUCUUAUGACGCAACAAGUAUGAAUGAAUUGAGGAAAUGGAAUGAACAGUACGGGGAAGGCGGCAGCAGGACAAAAUCGCCCUUUGGGUUUGGCAACUGACAUUGCAGUAGGGAUUUUCCAACCCUGUAUCAUCUGUAACAUUUAUAGAUGCCUGAUUUAGCAUAGGAAAUCAGUCUAUUUUGUUCUCACCUAGAGCCGUGUACAAAUAACAAAAUAUCUAAUAAAUGCCAAUUUUCCCUGCUAUCUUUA